AUGUCGAAAGCCUUUGAUAAAGUGCAACACUGUCUUAUCCUUGAUAAACUAUGCCAGUACAACAUCUCUGGUAACCUGUUGAACUGGUUUACAUCCUACCUUCGUGGGCGAAGACAACGUGUUACGGUACUUGGUGCGACAUCAAAAGAAUGCAACGUAACAUCUGGUGUUCCUCAAGGUUCCAUCCUUGGACCAAUGCUCUUUCUUUUAUAUGUGAAUGAUCUGCCCAAGACUGUGAAUACAUCAAAAGUCGCUUGUUUCGCUGAUGAUACGAAGAUUCUGAAGCAAGUGGACAACCUGCAAGACACUGCUGGUCUUCAAAACGACAUUAUCAGUCUUAACGGUUGGGCCACAGAUAACGGUUUGACAUUCAACCAAACGAAGUGUAAGUGCCAGCGCAUCACACGGAAAAAAACACCAGUUGAGUAUCCCUACGCCCUGAAUGGAUCAGUACUUGCCGCUGCUAAUCAAGAGAAAGAUCUCGGUGUAUGGGUGUCGAAUGAGUUGUGCUGGAAGAAACAAGUUGUCGAACAGACUUCAAAAGCGAACAAACUUCUGGGAUUUGUCAGGAGAUCUUCCCGGGAGAUACGAAACCAAAGAACAAGAAGAUGUCUGUUCCUCUCUGUUGUACGACCACACCUUGGCUACACCACCCAGAUUUGGGCCCCUCAGACCAUCGAGCUUAUCAAGCGCGUCGAAAGAGUGCAGCGUCGUGCAACAAAAUUCACACUAAACCUUCCAUUCCACUGCGAACUAACUUACGAGGAUUGACUACAAGCUACCGAUUUACUACCGAUUAGUUUCUGGCAUGAAUAUUUAGACUUGACGUUUUUCUCCAAGAUGUUUAACGGGUUGGUGUGCGUCAGUGAGGAGAUAAUCCCUGAACGGAAGCAUGGAAAUAUAAGAACAACGCGAGCUACGAGCAAUUCUGACAUCAUUACGUUCAGGAUUAGAAAAUGCAGAACAGUAACAUUCCAAGGGUCGUUCAUGAAUAGAACAGCAAGAGUUUGGAACGUUCUUCCUGCAGAACUGAGACAUCAGUCUCACUUUACCAAGAUUUAAAUCUCUGCUGUUAGACUACUUCAAAACUGCCUUAUACCUAAAUUAUCAACCUCAAAAUCCUCGGACAUGGAAGUCUAUCUGCUUAAAGUGUAACACUGCUCGUAGUCUUGCUGCUUCACUCUCUUGCUGCUAUUAGUGUAUCAUAGUUAUUGAAAUAUAAACAUGAUUAGGAAGGUUGUAAGUCUUAAUUUUAUGUUCUGUCUAAAUUUGCAUAGAUUUGUGUCAAUUUGUGCACAUCCAGGUUCUUUACUGUUUUGAUCUAUUUUUCGAAGUUGUCAGAUCUUCCUAGCCUUGUUUAUUAAGUUUCAAUAGCUAUUUUAUAUUCUAUGAAUUGUUAUAUGUUUUAUAAAAUUUGCAAGCAGCUAAUUAAGUAUGUUUGUGAAAUACAAUACAACGAAAACUUUGAGGAAUUUGUUUGCUUGGCUUCAAGUUCCAAUUCAUGUGAUGACUUUGAUCAGGUAAAUCGAAGUUUUCGUUGUAUUUUAUUUGUGUUUUAUUAUGUAUUUAUAAUCUAAAGGGCCCACAGUAAUUGGUAACACAUACUGUUGUGGUGACCCUGCCAUGAAUGCAUGCAUGAUAAUGGCGAAGUUAAAUAAAUAAAUAAAGUAAAUCGCUGUCAAAACAAUGGUUUAAUUGACAUUAUCGCGAUAACUUAUCAUAAUUAUGCAUGACGUAUUAAUUAUGCAUGACAUAAUAAUUGUGAACAAUGUGCUCUCUUGUAAUCUGUAUGUUUUGAAGUUCUGAUCGAAGUUUAUCAAGAAAAAUUCUCAAAGUUUACAAAUAAAUCAGAAGUAAUCAACAUUUUAUUUCAUGGUGUUGACUCCCGGGAAGUAUUGAGUCUAGUUUAG